AUGAAUACAGAAAGCGAACCUGAAAUCCACGAUGUAAUCAUCAUCGGUGCCGGACCCUGCGGUCUAGGCGUCGCCGCCCGCAUCCACGAAGAUACCCCGUCAGCAGUAUUUACCGACGAAGAACACCAACGAUACCACUGGAUCAAGAAACAUACUGGAAAAAUGAAUCUUGUCCAAGCAGGUCGUACUAAGAAGAACGUGCGCGCGGAGAAAUGGAAUCGUGGAAUUACAUGCUGUGACAAGAAUGAAAAUAGACAGCGCAGAGAAUCUUCGAACUCGAUAUCCUCUGUUCCUUCUCUUGCGUCGUCGGCAUCGUCGAUCUCAUCUACAUCGUCGAUCUCGACACUUGUCCUUGAUGGAUCGGGUGAUCGGUGGAUGCAACGGUGGAAUAAUGCGUUCCGAACGUUAGAGAUUAAGCAGUUGAGAAGUCCGAUGUUCUUUCACGUUGAUCCUGGGGAUCGAGAUGGGAUGCUUGCUUAUACUCAGGAGAAGGGAAGGGAAGGGGAUCUUUGGGAGAUCUCGGGAUGCGUGGGAAAAGAGAUGAGUAAGCACAAAAAGAAGAAGAUGAGACAGGGAGGGAAGACUCAGACAAUUGGUGUUGAGAUCGACGAGCGAGAUCGGAAAGACUACUUCUCUCCGUCGACAGAUCUUUUUGCCGACUACUGCAAUUCUAUCAUCGACCGAUAUGGCCUGGAUCAUCCUGAACAAAUACAGAAGCAGGAGGUUGUGGACAUGAGAUACGAUUAUCCACCUGACAGAGGGGAUGGGCCUGUUUCUGAUGAUAGGAUCUUUACUCUAACCACAUCAUCGGGCUUAAAGUUCUACAGUCGCGCUGUUGUUCUCGCUAUUGGUGCUGGUGGAGCGGAGGUAUCUAAGAUCUUUCCGUGGAAGCCUUCAAGUCCAGAGGAGGGCUCCAAUGCAUGCUGCCAUAGCAUGGAGAUCAAGACUUUUCCGAGUCCGAACGUGCGCGCCAAAAUCCAGCAUCGACAGGAGGCGAACGUCGUCGUUGUUGGGGGUGGACUUUCAUCAGCACAAAUUGUGGAUAUGGCUGUGCGGAAGGGUGUGACGAAAGUAUGGUUCAUCAUGCGCUCUGGUCUUAAGAUCAAGCAUUUCGAUAUCAGUUUACCCUGGAUGGGCAAAUACAAGAACUGGGAAAAAGCGGCAUUUUUCUCCGCAGACACCGACGAAGAACGUCUUGAACAGAUGAAAACUGCUCGCAACGGCGGUAGUAUCACACCCCGGUAUACGAGAAUCGUCAGACAACAUGCCGCCCAUGACCGUGCAUCAAUUCAUACAAACACAGUGAUCACUUCACAUGAAUAUAACUCAGAAACUCAGACUUGGAAUUUGACUACGGAUCCGCAGAUUCCAAAUCUACCCCCGAUCGACUACAUUUACUUCGCAACCGGGGCUCGUGCGGACGUGCGCGAGAUGUCUUUGUUAAGUCACAUGAAUGAGGAAUACCCCAUCGAAGUCAAAGAGGGUCUACCAUGUCUGACAGAAGAUCUGAUGUGGAGAGAUGACGUACCGUUGUAUAUGACCGGUCGAAUGGCAGGACUACGCCUUGGACCUGGAGCUCCUAACCUCGAGGGCGCCAGACUAGGAGCCGAACGCAUUGCAUGGAGCCUAGAAGAUGUAUUAGGAAAGGCAAAGGAGGUCGGGGAACAGUGCGAGGGAUUCUGUGGGCUAGGGAAUCGGUAUGCGUCGCUAGUCGGGGAAUUGGACGAGUAA